AGCUAGUUCUAUAGAUAAGAUUGGAAACGAGUAUUCUAGAACCACCUUGUGGCGAGACAGACGUGUACAAGAAUGUUGCAGCUUUUAGUAGCAGGUCUGGUGGCGACAGCCGUUAUUGUCGAGUCUGCCGAUGUGUGUCCAACUGAUCCCCCGGGAAUGGUAUAUGGGUGUGCCUACAUGCCCAGGUGCUUAGGGUCUGGGACCUGUGGGGCAGGGCAGAGGUGUUGUCCUCACAUAUGCGGCGACCGUUGUGUGACAAUUGUCCACUGCGAUCCGAUCGACUGCGGUUCUCUCACGUGUAACUACGGCUUCCAGCCAGACAGUCGAGGCUGCAAGACGUGCACCUGCAGGACAUCAAAACCCUGCACUACUUUGCUAUGUAGGAUAAAUGAAGCUGUGGGAUAAGGACAUCACUGACAGGACACAACCUGAAAGCCUCUCUUUCAAGACUAUGUGAAAGAUAAAUAAAUCAAGUACGUUUU